CGGGCAUUUCGUGCUCCGAGACCCCUCCACUCUGUGCUCUCACUCCUUGUGUUGUCACCCGAACCGGGAAUUGUCUUUACUUCGUUUGGACAAAACUUAGUUCGACUUUUAAACCAAAAUGGCACCCAAGAAGGACCCUAAGGCUCCCGCCAAGAAGGCCGAACCCGCCCCAGCUCCCGCACCGGCCCCAGAGCCCGCGCCUGCGCCCGCCGCCGCUCCCGCCGUCGACCUGUCCGCAGUCAAGGUGGAAUUCAGCGCAGACCAGAUUGAAGACUACAGGGAGGCCUUCGGUCUUUUCGACAGGGUGGGUGACAACAAGGUGGCCUACAACCAGCUCGCUGACAUCAUGCGCGCUCUCGGACAGAACCCCACCAACAAGGACGUCACCAAACUGCUGGGAAACCCCUCCGCUGACGACAUGGCCAACAAGAGAGUAGAGUUCGAGGCUUUCCUGCCUAUGCUCCAGACCAUCAUCAACAGCCCAAACAAGGCCGGAUUUGAGGACUACGUUGAGGGUCUGCGCGUCUUCGACAAGGAGGGCAACGGCACAGUCAUGGGCGCUGAGCUGCGUAUUGUGCUGUCCACACUGGGAGAGAAGAUGACUGAGGCUGAGAUUGAUGCUCUCAUGGCAGGACAGGAGGAUGAGAACGGCUGUGUCAACUAUGAAGCCUUUGUGAAGCACAUCAUGUCUGUGUAAGGACCCUGCCACUGAGCUGGUGAGCAUCGUAUACUUGCAGACCCCAUGGUGUCACGACAUCCACUCCCCAUUUCCGGUGCCACCUAGAGGAAACGGGGGGAACAAUGGACUAUGAGAUGUCAUUGAACAUGUCAUGAACCUUUUUUUGUUCUACAUUUUAUUGUCCAACUGGUGCUUUCAACUUCUCCUCCUUCACAAGUUAUUCCUGGGAACGUCCUGAAUUUCUAAGAGAUGCAUCCAUUUUUUUUCCAAACAAGAGCUCCCUUGCCACAUUGGUGCUGUUUCGUCACAAGUUUGUACAGAGUUAAGAGAUGGAAGAGUUUUUUCUGUCGCUUACUGUCUUGGCUGAAGUGACUGCUUUGGCCCAGGACUGGCCAUCAAAGUUGAUCCUUUUCCUAACCCUUCCCUAAGUCUUAAGUUAUUGUACUCCCUCUGGCAUUUCACAAUAAACUUUCUCCAAUCUCCCA